CGAAUCGAAACCACGAUGUUGAAGUUGAAGUUCUGAUUUACCGAUGCGACAUUGCCCAUUAUUAUUGACAAUACGUGACGUGAGACGAUCUAAACAUUGAAUAGCGAUGUGUACAAUAUUUUAGGUUUUAAAUAUUUAGGAAGAAAAAAGUGCAAACUUUACUGGGUUUUUAAUGGAUUUCGAUAGCCCGGACGUAGAAAAAGACUUUCCUGGAUUGUAUGCCUCAGAGGGAAGCAGUCGAAGUAAGAAGGAUGAUAAAGAUUUUUCUGAAGCAGAGGCGGAAAAGAUUAGUAAAAAAGAACUGCUGAUUGGUCGCAGAAAAGAUAAAAAAGAGAAAAAAAGUGCUUAUGCGACGCUGGAAGGAGAAAGCUCACCGGAGGAGGACUUAGAAACCAAAAGUCCGUCAAAAUCUAAAAAAUCAAAGGCGUUCAAAUUUCCUUCAAAAAACAAAGAGAAACGAGAGAAAUCACGUGAAAAGGAGAAGCCAGAAACAAGUAAGCCGGAAGAGACAAAACCGUCAGAGAAACUAGAGAAAGAAAAAGAUAAGGAGAAAAAGAAAGACAAAGAUAAAAAAGAGAAAGACAAAAAGGAAAAAUCCAAGGAAAAAAAGGAAAAGAAAUUAAAGCAGGCAAGCGUUAGUGAGGAAGUGCUUGAUCUUGGUGAUGUACAACCUAUUUUUGGAGUAUCGUUGGGUUUAGCCGUAGAACGGAGUAGAUGCCAUGACACUAUAAAUCUACCAUUGGUGGUUCGUGAUUGCAUUGAUUAUUUACAAGAAUACGGAUUGCAAAGCGAUCAAAUAUAUAAAGUCGAAGCAGUGAAAACUAAAAUACAACAAUUGAAGAAAGCAUAUAAUAGUCGCGAAGGCAGUUGUGUCGAUGAAUUUGACGUUCCAAUUGCUUGUGGUCUGCUAAAAUUAUUCCUGCGGGAGCUACCGGAACCUAUCCUUACUACAGAUUUGUCAACGCGUUUCGAAGAAGUAGCUUCACAUUCGGAGGUUUCACAACAAGAGCAGGAACUUUUAAGUUUAAUAGAUCAAUUACCUAGCUGUAACCGCACAUUGUUGGCAUGGAUAGUACUUCAUCUGGACGCUGUUACUCAGAACGAGUCUUACACAAAAAUGAACGCACAGAACACGGCAAUGCUGCUUAGCCCGACGUUGCAGAUGUCUCAUCGACUAUUUGUCGCAAUACUCUGUCAUUGCAACAGCCUCUUUGCUGAUACAAAAUUGCUCAAGUAUGUUCCUCCAAUUACCGCAUCAAGCCCUAACUUACCAGAAACAGCGGACGAAAUUUCUUUGGAAUUGAAAAAGCAGGAAAGUUUACUAGCACAGAUCCAUGCAGAAAUGAAUGCCGGCUUCGUCACAAAAAAACGUGAAGAACAGCUGUGGGAAGUGCAACGGAUAAUUACACAACUGAAGCGUAAGUUACGGGUAUUUGAGAAAAAGUCUGAUGGCUUGCAAAAAAGCUUGGACGAUACGGUUGAUGGGGAUAUUUCCAUUGAUUUGAACAAAGCAAAAUUGUCUUGUUCCGAUGAUGAAUCGUCUAUUAAAACUGUUACUGGCGUUUCGACAGAAUCAGCUACAAAUACUGAUGCAAAAAAUACCCCUCAGGAAACACCGGAGGAUGUGGCUCUGAUUGAACAGAAAAUUAGUGAAAUUGAAUCACCAGAGAACGAUCAGUCCACACUGUGUGUCACUGGAAGUGCCGAUACAGUCAAAGUUAGCGAUCAGGUUAUUGUUACUGAUAAUGGAUUCAUGCUGCUACCGGAAAAUCAUCCGGAUUAUUUGACAUUAAUUCGACUACAACUAGAAAAUCAGGAACUUUUAAAUUGGAAGGCUCAGCUGCAGGCUCGUAUAAAUGCAGAAAGAACAGAAAUUGUUCGAAUGAAACGUUUAUUGAUUACUGACAAUGGCAUUACCUACGGGCCCAGCAGCUUAGAUUGCGCAGUAAGUGACAAUGGAGACUACGAACGUUUAGUUGCGCAGUAUGCGAAAGAAAAUGCUCUCCUAGAACAGAAACGUCAAAUAUUGGCAAAGGAAAUUUUUGAAGAAAACAAAGCUUUGAUUCAGAUGCAAGUAGAACUCGCAUUGAAUCGUUACAAAAUAUAAAAAUAAUCAAAUGUUUGAUUCAAUUUCUCUCUGAUAGCGUAGUUAUAUUAUUUAUGCAUUCAAUAAAUGUGCUAUUCCCCAGU